CCAUUAUCCUUUGUCUCCAGCAGAGAGCAGAAGCAACAGAAAAAGAGAGGAGAGAGAACAUCAUCUUCUUCAUCUCUUUCUUCUUGGCAGCUCUCUCUCUCUCUCUCUCAUCUGGAUUCCAAAUCCUUCUCUGCUUUUCCUUCCUCGCAUUUCUCAACCAACAUUCUUCGUUUGACACUUUGCAACACACUGCAAGUACUACUCUGCAACCUCACAAUCCGCCAUUAACGAUGCUUCCUCCACACUUCUCCUCCAACACCAUUGUCUUGCUCUGCCUCUUCUUCACACUCCUCCAAGCUACACCACCCCUAAACCUCACUCUCCCUCACCAACACCCUUCCCCUGACUCCGUCGCUCUCCACGUCACAAGUACAAUCAAUGCAUCCCUCUCACGGAGACAACUCACCUCCUCCUCCUCCUCCUCCACUUGCGGUACCGGAAACCCAAUCGACGACUGCUGGCGCUGCGACUCCUCCGACUGGUCCUCCAACCGUCAAAGACUCGCCGACUGCUCCAUCGGCUUCGGCUCCGGCACCCUCGGCGGCAAAAACGGCCGGAUCUACACCGUCACAGACUCCUCCGACAACAACCCAGCGAACCCAACCCCAGGGACACUCCGCCACGCCGUCAUCCAAGAAGAGCCCCUCUGGAUCGUCUUCUCCUCCAACAUGUUCAUCCGCUUGAAACAAGAACUCAUCAUCAACAGCUACAAAACCCUCGACGGCCGUGGAUCCGCCGUCCACGUCACCGGCAACGGCUGCUUGACCAUCCAGUACGUGCAGCACGUCAUCGUCCACAACAUCCACAUCUACGACUGUAAACCCUCGGGAGGAGCCGUCGUCGCCGCUUCGCCGACCAAAGUCGGGAGGAGAGGUAGAUCCGACGGCGACGGGAUCUCCAUCUUCGGAUCUCAGAAGAUCUGGGUCGACCACUGUUCCUUGAGUCAUUGCACCGAUGGGCUUAUCGAUGUCGUGUUGGGCUCGACGGCGAUUACGAUAUCGAACAAUUAUUUUACUCAUCACGAUGAGGUGAUGCUGUUGGGUCAUGAUGAUAAGUACGUGCUGGAUACGGGGAUGCAGGUGACGAUUGCGUUUAACCAUUUCGGACAGGGGCUUGUUCAGAGGAUGCCUAGGUGUCGGAGAGGGUAUAUUCAUGUUGUGAAUAAUGAUUUUACGUCUUGGAAGAUGUAUGCUAUUGGUGGUAGUGGUAAUCCCACUAUUAACAGUCAAGGGAAUCGUUACUCUGCUCCUUCUAAUCCUAGCGCCAAAGAGGUGACGAAGCGAGUGGAUUCGACAGACGAUGGUGAGUGGGCGAAUUGGAACUGGAGAUCAGAAGGAGAUUUGAUGGAGAACGGAGCUUUCUUCGUGGCGUCUGGUGAAGGAGUGAGCACACUGUACUCUAAAGCUUCGAGUGUCCAGCCUAAAGCUGCGGCUCAAGUAGACCAGCUCACUCAAAACGCUGGCGUUUUCGGCGGUCCCAGAUAAGCUUUUGGGUCCGACGUCUCCGGCGCGUGCGAGCGCGUUCUCCGGCGUCGGCUCCCCCUUCCUCCUCCCUUUACUCUUUUCUCUUUGCUCGUCCGGGAUCUAUCCCUCUCUGCUGCUUUGCUUUUGGUUCUGGCUCCGGAGGUUCCUUUGGGUUAGGCUCCGCUCGAGAGGAUGUUUGGCCUGUCGUGAGCUUGCUGGUGUUUGGAGUUGUGGCGCAGUGGGUGUUGGGUUGGGUCUUGGAGGAGUCGGAUUUUAGGGACAGUCAAGUGGAUCUUUGCCCUUGCGAGACGACAGUUCGACGAGGAGGUUUUCGAGGCUUCGUUUUUCAGAUCUGGUUGUAGAUCCGGUGGUCUACUUAUCCUUGGUUUGUGGCGGAGUGGUGGUGGUCGUGAGACUCUGUCUUGUUCUCGGUGUCGAGGAAGGACAAGCCUCGUGUGACCUUUGCCGUGGGUGUUUUGGAGGUUGGUCUACUCGAAAGCGGGCUUAGCCGGCGGUGUUGGCGCGUGUUAGCCCCUCCGGUGGUGGUCCGUAGUGGUUCGGAUUGUCGCGGUGUCGGUGAGGUCGUCAAUGGCCUAUCUGAGGCGACAUUUCGAGUCCUCACCCAUUCCUCUUUCCUCUUCCGGUUCCUUGUCUCCAGUCAUGCCGUAGAAGCUCGUCGACAAGCUUCUCGGUGUUUAAGCUCUUGUCUUUCAUUGUUUGUUCGGAGUCGUUGUCACCGGCUCUGUUUCCUGUCCGCAAGAGGUUUCCGUUCUCCGGUUCUCGGAGGCGGCGUUGGGCUUGGCAUUAGAGGCUCGCGUGGUUUGUGGGUUUUCUUUUGCUUUGGUGACUCCUAAUGGUGAUUCAACGCAUCCCGAUGCUUCAGCCUUCCCUUGGCGGGUUCGAAGUAGUGUUGUUUCAGUUUCUUUUGCAGGUUCAGAGCUUUAUUGGUUUCAGGGUGUUACGGUAGUCUCGUCCCGUCUUUUUGCUCUCCGAUUUGGGCUUCUUAGACCUUUGGGUCUUUUAGGCUUAGUUCGGUUAUGGCGCUUGUGGGGUUGUACAGCGGGAUUGGAGCAUUUUUCCGAUGGUAUGUCUUCCACUCCCUUCUUCAUUAGCGUUAUGUGCUUCACGGUGGUGACGAUUAUAAGCUUCGGCGAGUUCAUCGAAACCUAGCUACUCCAGAAACGACGCGGGGACUCCCGGCAUCCUCGGUAACGAGGAGAACCUCACUUCUUCGUGGUUUUCGUUAAUGGUUGAGAACAGGAUUCGAUUUCUAGGUUUAUUAAAAACACUCUAGCGGAAUGUGCCGGGUUUAGUGGGUGGGCGAAGCUAGUUGUUGUAAUAUAUAGGCAUGGAAGCUUUUGUUCGAGUCGAGUUUGUAAUCGAAACUAAAUCCCGUUUUUACGGAUGA